GAACAAAUAACCCCUCCUCCAACUUCAACCCGCUAUUCCUCAAUCCUCAUUCACCACCCACCAUGACAGGCGCAGAACCCACUCUCGCUGCCAGUUUGGCAACCGAUGCUCCUACCGGUAAGCAAACCGUCGAUCCAUACAAUGUUGCUGGAGAAAUUGGCGCAGAUGGAAUCGCAAAAGCUAUCAAUUAUUUGACUCUGAUCGAUGAGUUUGGAACCAAGAAAAUUGAGGAGGCAGAUUUGAAGAGAUUUGAGGAGGUCACUGGGCACAAACCUCAUAGAUUCAUGAGAAGAGGAAUUGUCUUCAGUCAUCGUGAUUUGCAUCUUAUGCUGGAUCGCCAUGAGAGGGGGGAACCAUUCUUCAUGUAUACGGGACGAGGACCAAGUAGUGAUAGUAUGCAUAUUGGACAUACUGUUCCUUUUGAAUUCACAAAAUGGUUACAAGAUGUAUUCGAUGUUCCAUUGAUCAUCAUGCUUACAGAUGAUGAGAAAUAUAUCUUCUCCGAGAAACGUACAAUUGAGGAAGUUCAAAGUUAUACCACUAGUAAUGCGAAAGAUAUCAUUGCUGUUGGAUUCGACCCCAAGAAGACAUUCAUCUUUAGCGAUUAUGAAUACAUGGGGGGGCCAUUUUACAAGAAUGUUACACGAAUCUCUAAGCACGUUACAUUGAACGUUGCACGAGCCGUCUUUGGCUUCAAUGAAAGUUCCUGCAUAGGCAAAAUCCACUUCGGAGCUGUUCAAGGCGCAACCUCCUUCGCUAACUCCUUCCCACACAUCUUCGGCACUGAUGAAUCUAAAACUACUCAAAUCCCCUCGUUAAUUCCUUGCGCCAUCGAUCAAGAUCCUUAUUUCCGCAUGACCCGCGAUGUAGCCGCUCGUCUUCAUUACGCAAAACCCGCACUUAUCCACGCUCGAUUCCUCGACGCCCUUCAAGGUCCAGGUUCCAAAAUGAGCGCUUCGGUCGAUACCUCCGCAAUCUUUAUGUACGAUGAACCGAACAAGAUCAAGAACAAAAUCAACAAAUAUGCAUUCAGCGGUGGACAAGUUAGUGAGCAAGAACAAAGAGAGAAAGGAGGCGAUACAGAAAAAGAUGUUUCAUAUCAAUAUUUGACAUUUUUCUUAGAAGAUGACGAGGAAUUAGAAAGUAUCAGGAAAGCAUAUAGAUCUGGAGAAAUGCUCACAGGAGAAUUAAAAGCAAGAUGUAUCCAAGAACUACAAAAAUAUGUCAAGUCAUUCCAGGAGAGAAGAGCAAAAAUCACAGACGAGGUUGUGGCAGACUUUUUCGCUAGAAAGGAGUUGGUUUGGGGUGGAAACCCAAAUGCUAAGAAGGUUGCUCCUGCUGCUGGAGAGGAAGCUGCAAGCGGAGAAGGUGUUGAGGGAAGUGGAGAUGGUACGGGAAAAUUGACGAAGAACCAGGAGAAGAAAUUGGCGAAGAUGAAGGCAAUUGAGGAGAAAAAGAAGGCUGCUAAGGCUGCUAGUGGAGCUUAAAUCAGAGGAUUGAAAGUGGCCGGAGAGUGAGUGCUGGAUGUCCUUGAGGGAGGUUAGUGGAAGGAGAUCGAUAAAGAUAUGAUGAGACGCGAAUGAUACACAUGAUGCGAGCUACACAACCCAAUACCCAAGACUAGCUUUCUGAUUUCUACUUUCUGUCUUUGGUUCUCUAUGCUUACUUUGACUUUGAUAUUGUUUUGAAUUCGAAUGACGCGAUAGAGAUUCGAGGGAAGAACACGAUCAAAUAGAUCAAAAGGUUUACACGCAUGCGAAACGAACAUAGGAAGAUACCCUAGGUGUAGACUGAGAAAAUGGAGAUCUGGUUCUACUUCUAUUCAUGCUCUCAUACUCUCAUACUCUCAUACUCUCAUACUCUCAUACUCUCAUACUCUCAUACUCUCAUACUCUCAUACUCUCAUACUCUCAUACUCUCAUACUCUCAUACUCUCAUACUCUCAUACUCUUAUACUCUCAUCUACUCCUAUCCCAUCUACCCCAUCCUAUAUCUAUUCGGAUAUCUAUCACUCAGCUCUAUAAAUACAUACCCGUGAUCUACGCAUAUCUCAUACCCGGUACCGCAUACCCCAUAUCUUAGAUUCACUUUCCUUUCUUUCCCCUUUCUUAGUCUGUCUCGUGAUGAAAAAUGAAAUAGCUAAAAAUAGAAUGCUAUUCAUCACGUAUCUGGUACGCGUCUGGUAGGUAGGUAUCUUGUAAGUAUUUAUUAUAUCCUUUCUCGUGGUUAGAAUCAUAGUCAUCACA